AUGGAUAGUUUCAAUGAAGAUCUAAAAGUACUAGAUUUAAAUGACGAUUAUGAUCUUUCAGUCCUUAUUGAUAAAUAUGAAAAUACGUUGAAAGAAACUUUACAGCAGCAUGCUCCACAAAAACGACGAAUUAUAACUCUUCGUCCUUUAUCACCAUGGUACAAUGAGGAGAUUGGUCAAGAAAAAAGAAAUCGCAGGAAACUAGAGCGCCGCUGGCGCGCAUCUGGACUAUGUAUUGACAGACAGUUAUAUGUCAAACAAUGUGAGACAGUGAAUGCCAUGAUAAAGAAUGCUAAGACAACAUACUACUCAUCGGUUAUUUCCAGUAAUGCACAUAAUCAGAAAGUGUUAUUUAGUACGGUUGAUAAAUUACUCCAUCGAAAGCCAGAAAAGCGCUAUCCAACUGCGUCAUCAACGACUGAACUUGUGAAUAAUUUUUCAGAUUUCUUCAAUAAUAAUAUUGCUAUUAUAUGAAAAGAACUAGCCAUCGAUUCUUCCCACUGUAAUCAGCGAAAUCAAGAGGAACAAUAUGCACAAUGCGUUAAAUUCAUUAACUUUCAAGAAGUCACGGAACAUGAGAUUGAAAAUGUUAUUGAUAAAGUUGGUAAAAAAUCUUGUGAACUUGAUCCAGUGCCCGCAAAAAUCUUUCAAGGUUGUCAGAAGACUCUCUUACCUAUAAUUACUAAGAUCAGUAAUGAGUCACUUCAGUCAGGUUGUAUGCCUGAGAUACUAAAAGAAGCCGUGUUGAAACCAAAACUAAAGAAAGAUUCGCUGGAUUACGAAGAAUACACAAAUUUCCGACCUAUUUCAAAUUUAAAAUUCCUGUCUAAAGUAAUUGAGAAGGUUGCUGCCGGUCAGCUUCUGGAACACUUGGCUAAUAACAAAUUAGAAGAACCCUUCCAGUCGGCAUAUAAACGUUUUCAUAGUGCAGAAACAACCCUAUUAAAAGUACAAAACGAUAUUCUUGUAGCCAUUGAUAAUCGUAAGUGUGUGGUGUUGCUAUUACUAGAUAUGUCAGCAGCAUUCGAUACUGUUGAUCACGAACUUUUACUACAACGAAUGUUCAAAAGAUUUGGGAUAGAUGGGCAAGUGUUGAGAUGGUUUCAGUCCUAUCUUCAGAAUAGAACGCAAAGUGUAGUGAUUGACGGUGUUAAAUCUAUCUCUAAAGACUUGCGCUGUGGAGUCCCACAAGGAUCAGUUCUCGGCCCUAUACUAUAUUUACUAUACACCUCACCCCUUGGUGAUAUCAUCAGAGGUCAUGAUCUUGAUUUUCACUUUUAUGCAGACGACUCGCAAUUAUAUCUCGCUUUUGAGUCAACCACUGAAGGAAAAGCGGGAGCACUGGUACAAAUCGAAAUGUGUGUAAAGGAGAUUGAUUUGUGGAUGGUCAAAAAUAAAUUAAAAUUGAAUGGGGACAAGACUGAGUUACUAGUAAUCAAUGCACGAAAUCGUUUAUGCCCUGCUGUACACCAUAUAGAAAUAUCUAAGUCAAUAGUUCAACCAAGUACUUCAGCACGAAACAUCGGUGUAACCUUCGAUCAACACAUGUCCAUGGAUAAACAUAUUACCAACAUUUGCAAGAACUGUUUUUUCCAUUUGAGAAAAAUAGCAAGAAUAAAAGAGUACUUAUCAAAAUCAGAUAUCCAAACCCUAGUUCAUGCCUUUAUUACAUCGAAACUAGAUAAUUGCAACUCUUUGCUAUACGGACUACCUAAAUUUCUUAUAGAUCGAUUACAGAAUGUGCAAAACUGUGCUGCUCGUCUGGUGACAGGAAGCAGAAAAUACGACCAUGUUACUCCAUUAAUGAAACAAUUACAUUGGCUCCCCAUCAGUCAACGCAUCAUCUAUAAAAUUGUUCUUAUCACGUAUAAAUCUCUGAAUGGCUCAGCUCCACAUUACAUUAAUAAUAUGCUAAAACCUUACACACCAUCAGCAAAUUUACGCUCCUCAUCCAAAGGAUUGCUUACCAUACCUUCAGUAAAACUAGUGAACUAUGGUGAACGAUCGUUCUCAUAUGCUGCACCGAAACUGUGGAACGAACUGCCAGAGUAUAUUAGAAAGAGUGAGACCUUGCCUAUUUUUAAAACCAGAUUAAAGACACAUCUUUUUAGACAGUAUUAUGACUAAGUUAUUAUUUUAACAAGAUUAUUAGCAAUUUUAUAGUAUUCUAUAUAGUUGUUGUUUUAAUAUUAUCAACAUAGAUAACAUAAAGUAAUUUUAUAUUCUUAACGAGAAGAGCAUAUAAUUAUUUUUUAGUAAUUUUAUCUAGUAUAGUAAUUUUAGUAGUCAAUGCAUGCACUAUGUUGUAACACUUAGUAUAUAUUUUUAACACUUGAUGUUAAGCGCUAUUGAGCUAUGGGAAAUGGCGCUAUAUAAAUGAAUUAUAAUAAUAAUAAUAAUAAUAAUAAUAAUACCUGUAUCUGUUCCUAAAGCAGACGAGGAUAGUGAGUCUGUACAUGAAGCAGAGGGACCAGACGUGAGUAGAAAUGAAUAUUUACAUGAGGGUGGUUGGCAAAAUGUUGACAACCCUCUGCAUGAGUUAGAGUUUGUACAAAAUGAAAUGCACAGUUUUCAUUUAGAUCAAGAACAUUUAGAGCAUCGACAAUGUACAAUGUGUAAAGAAGCUUGGCCGACACGCCAGAACUUGGCAUCAGAAGUAUACAUUUGUUACCGGUGCAAAAGAGACAAGAAAUCACCCAAGAAAUUUAGUGCCGAGAAUGACAUGGACCCAGGAACAGUUCCUGCAUGA